CCAAAGUCCUCCCCGGGGGCUGGCUCAGCUCGGACAUUACACAACCGCGGCGGCAGGAAGCCAGGGGACUGCCAGGAGGAAGGGCAGCUUGGCAGGGCCUCAGGAUGGACUCCCUGGAGGACACGCUGCAGCGGCUGCGGGACACCUUCCGGGCGGGGCGGACACGGCCGGCUGAGUUCCGGGCAGCGCAGCUCAAGGGCCUGAGUCGCUUCCUGCGGGACAACAAGCAGCUUCUGCAGGAGGCGCUGGCGGAGGACCUACACAAGUCGCCCUUCGAGUCCGAGAUGUCAGAGAUCAGCAUUGGCCAGGGCGAGAUCGACAAGGCGCUCCGGAACCUGCGAGCCUGGAUGAAGGACGAGAAGGUGUCCAAGAACCUGGCCACACAGCUGGACUCGGCCUUCAUCCGCAAGGAGCCCUUCGGCCUGGUGCUCAUCAUCGCCCCCUGGAACUACCCCGUGAACCUGACCCUGGUGCCCCUGGUGGGGGCCCUGGCCGCAGGGAACUGCGUGGUGCUGAAGCCGUCGGAGAUCAGCAAGGGCACCGAGAAGGUCCUGGCCGAGGUGCUGCCCCGGUACCUGGACCAGAGCUGCUUCGCCGUGCUGCUGGGCGGGCCCGAGGAGACGGGGCGGCUGCUGGAGCACAGGUUCGACUACAUCUUCUUCACGGGGAGCCCGCGAGUGGGCAGGAUCGUCAUGACGGCCGCCGCCAAGCACCUGACGCCCGUCACGCUGGAGCUGGGGGGCAAGAACCCCUGCUACGUGGACAACAGCUGCGACCCCCAGACCGUGGCCAACCGCGUGGCCUUUUUCCGCUACUUCAACGCCGGCCAGACCUGCGUGGCCCCCGACUACGUCCUGUGCAGCCCCGCCACGCGGGAGCGGCUGCUGCCCGCGCUGCAGAGGGCCAUCACCCGCUUCUUCGGCGAGGACCCCCAGCGCUCCCCCAACCUGGGCCGCAUCAUCAGUGAGAAGCAGUUCGGGCGGCUGCAGGGCCUGCUGGGCUGCGGCCGCGUGGCCAUCGGGGGCCAGAGCGACGAGGGGGACCGCUACAUCGCCCCCACGGUGCUGGUGGACGUGAAGGAGACGGAGCCGGUGAUGCAGGAGGAGAUCUUCGGGCCCAUCCUGCCCAUCGUGACCGUGGGGAGCCUGGAUGAGGCCAUCGAGUUCAUCAACAGGCGGGAGAAGCCGCUGGCCCUGUACGCCUUCUCCAGCAGCAGCCGGGUGGUCCGGAGGGUGCUGGCCUGCACCAGCAGCGGGGGCUUCUGCGGGAACGACGGCUUCAUGCACAUGACCCUGGCCAGCCUGCCUUUCGGAGGAGUCGGUGCCAGCGGGAUGGGCAGCUACCACGGCAAGUUCUCCUUCGACACUUUCUCCCAUCACCGCGCCUGCCUGCUGCGCCCCCCGGGGCUGGAGAAGAUCUACAGUCUGCGAUACCCACCCUACUCGCCGGGCAAGCUGAGGCUGCUGCUGGUGGCCAUGGAGGACCGAGGCUGCAGCUGCACCCUGCUGUGAGCCCGCCUCAGCCCAGGCACCCUCCCGGCUCAUGCCCGGGGCCCAGGGCCCAGGGAGGAAAGGGCCUGCCUAGGCCUCCUCCUCCUCCUCCCCCCUCAGUUGAAGCCCAACUGGGACGGGUCACAGUGAGGGUGCGUGGAAGCUGUCACUGCCCUCCGGCUUGCCACCGUGCCUGGGAGAGGAAGGCAGAUGUGGGCACCUCUGAGCCACUCCCCUACCCAUGGAGGGUGCAGCGAGGGCCAUGGCCUCUGGUUCAGGCCACACCGUGGACCCACUGAGCCCCAGGCCGGUCCUGCAUCUGAGCCUGUCUCUCCACCAGUGGGAGGAUGAGCCAUCGACCCUCCUGAGGUCCCUGAGGGAUGAAAUUUGGGAAUUUAGUAAACACAAGUCACUGACCCCAAGCUCCAAGCGUCCUGGCUCCUUGUUUGGGGGGUGAGGCAGCCUCUGCUCUCCCCACCUCUCCCUGCAGGUCAGGCUGAUGAGACUGCUGCGGCGGGGAUCUCCCACCCCCUGGGCUCCAGAGCCCUGAGCACACUCCACUCCGCCUCCCCAGGGGGUGGGGUGGCCCCAAAGCCUUACCCUCGCCACACUCCACCGGGCCUCGGCCUCUUCCUGUCCCCACUCACCCUCCUGGUCCCCAUCCACUCAGCCAAGGCCAAAUUGCUGUAUCUUCCGCUGGACACCCCCUUCUCACCCAAGAUCCACCUCUGGCCAAGUCCUGAUGGUUCUACAACCCCCAAAACUUGCUCCAUCCACACACCAGCCCACACACCCAGGAUCACUCGGUCACUCAUCACCUCCCUCUGCACCACCCUCCAUCAUAUUCCCCAAGCUCUCACUGGACCAAGCCACCACUCAGCCUGAAGCCCUUCACUGCGGCCAAGCCCAGACUCCUAAAGAUCCUCAGAGGGCUCCGCCAUGUCCCUGUGUCCCUGCACUCGGCCAGUCCUGUCCUUUUCUGAUGCACAUGACACGCCCCCCUCCUCCUCCUUAGAGUUCUGCACACACAAAGGGAAUGCCUCUCCGCCUUCCUGGCCUGUCAAUUCCCACUGCUAGCUUGGACCUCACCUCCUCCAGGAAGCCUUCCCUGAUCUCGUCCCCCCGCCCCGCCCCCAGCAGACGGCCUGGUGGGGGUGGCCCAUAGGCCCAUACAACCUACUGGGAAGGGCCUCCCCUGGUGGCGCAGCAGUUGAGCGCUGGGCUGCAAAGCUGCCAGCAGCCUCUGCAGCGCCGGUUCGAUCCCCGGCUGCUCCCCGGCCACCGGAGGAGGGUCCCGCAUGGCGCGCAGACCUCUCCUGCCGCCCGCUGCUCCACUCAGCAGUGUCCUUCGGUCCUUCUGCCUGCUCUGGCUCUGGUGAAUUCUCUCACCCUCCCGCGCUUCUGACUGUACCCAGUGCUUGUGUAAAUAAACAAACCUUUAAAAAUAAAUA